AUGAAAGCAUCUGUGGCCCAACAAGGAAAAAUAAAGAACAAAUAUAUUGGAAAAUGUAUAAAACCAUUCAAAGACAAAUUUGAUGUAAAUGAACACAAUCAAACCCAAACCAAAGGAGAAGAUUAUAUAUCUAGAGACAAUGGAAAAAAUUACAAAUGGACCUUGUCUCUUCCUCAUAAAAAUGGGUCCCGUACAUCUCAAAAAAGAACCCAGGCAGAAGAGAAGCCCUAUAAGUGCAUGGAGUGUGGAAAGAGCUUUAUUAUGAACCAUCAACUUAUCUACCAUAAAAAGAUCCACAAAAGCUUUACUAGUAACAGUCAUCUUACAUGUCAUCAAAUGAUCCACACAGGGGAGAAGUCUUAUAAAUGCAUGGAGUGUGGAAACAGCUUUACGAACAGUAGAGAACUUACUUCACAUAAAAGGAUCCACACAAGAGAGAUGCACUACAAAUGCUCAGAGUGUGGAAAGUGCUUGAGCUCACUCAAAACUCUUUCUUGUGGAAAGAGCUUCACCCGUCGUACUUAUCUUACUUUGCAUUAUCGGAUCCAUACAGGAGAAAAGCCCUAUAAAUGCCUAAAGUGUGGAAAGAGCUUCACCCGUAGUACUUCUCUUACUUUGCAUUAUGGGAUCCAUACAGGUGAGAAGCCCUAUAAAUGUAUGGAGUGUGGAAAGAGCUUCCCUAAGAGCACUGAUCUUAUUUUCCAUAAAAGGAUCCACGCAGGGGGAAAGACAUAUACAUGCCUGGAGUGUGGAAAGAGCUUUAUUAAGAACUCUCAACUUAUUUACCAUAGUAGGACACAUACAGGGGAGAAGCCAUAUAAAUGCAUGGAAUGUGGAAAGAGUUUUUUUACGAACAAUUAUCUUAAUAAACAUAAAAUGACCCAUACAGGGGAGAAGCCACAUAAAUGCAUGAAGUGUGGAAAGAGCUUUAUUCGAAACAGCGAUCUUAUUUACCAUAGUAGGACACAUACCGGGGAGAAGCCAUAUAAAUGCAUAGAGUGUGGAAAAUGCUUUUCUGUCUCUAGUAGUCUUACCCGCCAUCAAAAGACUCACACAGGGGAGAAGCCUUAUAAAUGCGUUGAAUGUGGAAAGUGUUUUUCUACGAAGAAUUAUCUUAACACCCAUAAAAGGAUCCACACAGGGGAGAAGCCGUAUAAAUGUAUGGUGUGUGGAAAAGGUUUUAUUAUGAAUAGUUAUCUUAACCUUCAUAAAAGGACCACACAGUGUAAAAGCCCUAUAAAUCUGUGAAAUAUGGAAACAUCUUCAAGAGGAGCAAUGGGCGAAUGUUCCAUAUACAGAUACAUUUGGGUGAUAAUCUGUUUAACUGUUAGGUUUAGUUGUUGAAAUAUAUGCAUUUCCUAAUUA